AUGAGCAGCGAACCUCUUCCCUCGUCUUUCGACGACCAUCCUGAUUUCAAGGAGGAAUCGUCUCUUCAAAAAUUCACCAGAAGACUCAAAGAGGAGCCCUUGAUCCCGCUGGGAUGCGCCGCAACAUGCUACGCCCUAUACCGCGCCUACCGCUCCAUGAAAGCCGGCGACUCGGUUGAGAUGAACCGGAUGUUCCGCGCCCGUAUCUACGCCCAAGGAUUCACCCUCGUCGCCAUCGUCGCCGGAGGCAUGUAUUUCAAGACGGAACGGCAGCAGCGCCGCGAAUUCGAGAAAGCACUCGAGGCACGGAGGUCCCAGGAAAAGCGCGAUGCGUGGCUACGGGAGUUGGAGAUCCGUGAUAAGGAAGAUCGGGAUUGGAGGGAGCGACAUGCUGCUAUGGAGGCGGCUGCUAAGGAAGCGGAACGGAAGGGGGCUGCUAAGGCGACGCUUGAGCAGGAUACGGCUCGGUCUUCUCUGGAGCCUGGUGAUGAAAAGAGAACACUUGGGGUAUUAGAUGCUGUGCGGGAUAUGGUAUCGAGGCGGGGGUAA